CUUACAGGCACAAAACGGGGACGAUUUAAUCUCAAAGAUUGUUUAUUUAGUCAGGUUCUGCUGCUGCUGCUCUCACCUGCGUGGAAAUCUGAAGCAUUAGAUAAGCAUUUUUUCAGUGACAUCCCCAUUGGUCGACAUAUGACGUCCACGGGGGCGUGGAGCCGGACUGACAGCCUGAUGUGAGCUCUUCCGUUCUCCUAAUAGAGAUUUUUAUUCAGCUUUACGCAAAUUGAAGUCCAGAUAUCUGUAUGUCAUGCUUUCUGUUUCACUUUUAACGCUUGGAUAUUAUUCUUGUGCUCCAGUCUGCAUCACAUGGUCCUCCCUCCUCCUCCUCUCCUCCUCCCCCUCAGUCUCUCCUCUUCCUCCUCCAUCCCUCCUCCUCACAUUAACCCGGUGCUGCUGCUGCUAUCUGCGUGCUCUCCGUGCGGCGCGGCGCGGCCAUGGUGGACUCUCCCGGGGCGAUGAAGAAGACCUUCUCGGUGCCGGAGAUCAAACCGCUGGACCAGUACGACUUCAACCGGGCCAAGAUCUGCGCCAGCGUGCGGUGGCUGCUGUCCAAAUCGUACGGCUCUGCAGAAAAUGUUCCAGUGGAGCUGCGAGAGCCGCUUUAUAAGGACCAGUAUGAACAAGAGCACCUCAAGCCAUCCGUCUCCAAGCUGCUUCUCUCCCAGGAGAUCUACUGCAGAGUCCAAGCCCUGCUGGCCCAGGCUCAUGCCACCUCUCCGCCUGCGACGCAGGGGUCCCCUGCUGACAACUCGGCCCUGCUGCAGUUCCUCAUUAAGAAAGGUGUCACUGCAAAGGUCCUGGAUACUGACGUCACAGAGGAGGACCUCAGCCACGUCCCCAUUAAGCCGAAAGCUCACCUCGCUCUGAUAGAGGCUCUCAUGACUCUCGCUGCUAAAGAGGCGGUGGGCCGGGUGAAGAUGGCGGCGGAGGCGGAGCAGAUGGGUGUCGGGGCUCCGUGGGAGAACGCUCUGCUCUUCUGGGUCAACAGGCUGAACCAGAAGUUGAGAGAAAGCACAGAAGAAGAAGAGCCCCCCAGAUCACAGACGUGUACAGAUGUACAGCCUGCUCAGGACUCGUGUCAGUCCACCCGCUGGUACUGGAAACUAGUCCCCCAUGCUAUCGCUUUUUGUUUGAAGGAGUCGGGGAAUAAGCCGCCUGUGAUUCGCUAUAGGAAGGACAAAGUGCAGUCUAAGCUGACGCCUACUUUCCCUCUGGUUUCUGCGGUCAAAGAUUUGUCUAAUGGCUGCGCUAUAGCUGCUGUGCUGCACUUCUACUGUCCCAGCCUGCUGCCUUUAGAGGAUGUGUGUCUGAAGGACACCAUGUCAGUGGCCGACAGUCUCUACAACCUGCAGCUGAUCAGAGAGUUUUGUGAGAGCAGUUUACAGAGCUGCUGCCCCCUGGCUGUGGAGGACCUGCUCUACGCUCCACCUGUUCUGCAUCUGAACAUCAUGAGCUUCAUAGCUGAGCUGCUGGAGUGGUUUGAGGUUAAGAAGCCUGAUUUCAUCCAGCCCAUACAGCCCAUUGACUUCACAGAUGUCUCAGGUUUACUGGAUUGCACAAGUCCUAUGAAUGGAAACAGCAACAGUAGUUCUCCAUCCUUCAUCUUUAAACAACCCUUUGUGCCAAUCUGCUCCCCAGUGUCCCCGGAAAACAAAAGUUGGACAAAGAAACAAAUCAGUCGUCCUCUGUCAGCAGUGACUUUCAGCAUCCCAUUUGGACUCGACAGUGAUGUUGACAUUGUCAUGGGAAACCCAAUCGAUUCUGUCUUUCGCUCUGUCAGCACUGACAGCCUCACCACCGGCAUCCCUGCAAUGACUUCACCCCCGGAAGACUUCAGCCACCUUGUCAGCGCUUCGGUCCCAUCGCAGCGUUCAUCCUGGGGUCCUUACGCACACACAGCACCACUGGGAGAGCUGCCGACCAUCGAGGAGGCGCUACAGGUGGCUCAUAGUCCUGGGAACAAAGAUCGUAGAAAGGUGAAGAAACCAGAGAAAGGUGGAAGAGGAUUGCUGGGAGGAAGGCCAGAACCCAGGUUACGUCCAGAAGGAGCCCCCGCUGGUUUCUUCCUGCACUCCCCAGAGGAAAAUAAUCCUCAGCUCAGCAGCUCUGCUCCCUGCCGCUCUGGGAUCCUCUAUCGACCUGUUGGAGGAGAAGCGGCUGACUCUAAAAAGCCAGGAAGAGGGGAGAAGAGUGAGAGAUCAGGACGCUCCUCUGACAUGUCACGUGAUGACGACUCUGUUCUACGAGAUGGAAGUGUGGACUCCUCUGAAGCAUCAGACGAUACCCCAAGAAAUGCCCCAGGAAAUAUUAGACCAAGUAGUAACCGCCAAGGAAACCACAGUGCCAGCAACAGCCCACGGAUGACAAGCUUUGCUGAGAGACGAGACAACAAGCGACGACAUCCAGCUGCUCCUGGGGAGGACUCGGCCUCCACUUCAGCCCCAACAACCCCAGGCACUCCACAUACACCCUCCACCCCAGCAGGGGCACCAGGCCGCCAGGACAGCCCAGGUCCAAAAGGCCCUGAACCAGGCUCUGAGGCCUGGGAGUUGGGAGCUCGUCUGGAAGAAAAACGAAAAAGCAUUGAAGCCCAAAAACGGCGUAUCGAAGCUAUCUUUGCCAAGCACAGGCAAAGGCUCGGAAAAACUGCUUUCCUUCAGCUAAAAAGAGAGCAAGGGGAGGGAGGAGGAGAGGGAACAGAGGAGGAUAAUCUUUCCCUGGAGGAGCGUCUUACUCACAUGGAGGAGCAGCUGAAAAAAGAGGAGGAGAAGGAAGAGAAGGAAAAGAAGGAGAAAGAAAAGGAGGAAGACAAGCCAUCUGUGUCCAAUCCUCCUCGUUUAGAGAAGCAGGUCACAUUCUCGAUUGAAAGUAAGAAAGGAGAGGAGAAGGAGAAAGAAGCAGAGAAGGCGAAAGGAGCAGAGAAGGAGAAAGGAGCAGAGAAGGAGAAAGGAGGUGAAGGAGCCAUUGUUGAGUGCAAUGAAGUAGUGCAGAAGUUGAGUGAGGUUCUGCAGUCGCUACAGAAGGACAUGCAAAAACUUACAGAACAGCAACAGCAGCUCAUGAGCAACCAAAGACCUAGGAAUACACCCAAAACCACUUCUAAAUCAACACCAAGGAGUAAUACCAAAACUCCUCCUCAUACCCCAACAAAGACUCCACCAAGAACUCCGACAAAGACUCCCACGAGGACCACCACUAAAGCUUGGGUGAUUCCUCCUGGUCCAAGUACCCCUUCUGCUUCCUCUCCAUCUCGGCGUUCUCACGGUCUCACCUCCCCAAAAACCCCAAUCAUCUCUUCCUCCUGCCCUGCUCCUCGCACCAAGAUCCACUCGUCCACCACUCCCCGCAGCCCAAAGCACCACGCACGUCCCCAUCACCAGCCUCACCCUCGGCCCUCCGAGCUAAAGUUCCCCCCACUCAACCGUGUUUUGACGCCAACCCAGAACGUGGACACCAUCCCCCACUUGCGGCGUGUGUCCCCAAGCAAAUGUCAAGUUCAGACCACCUCUACCUUCCGUAUCGGUGGACCCAGAACCCCUCAAGAAUCUCCUCAGCCUGCCCAGCAGCCGCAGCCCGAUGAUAACACUUCAGACACAGCCUCCAGUGAGACCCCGACUCAGUUCAGCCUGGAGCUAGAGCAGGAGGAUGUGGAGACUGUAGGAGGGCUGCCCAUCUUUCAACCGCCAAGACAAGAUCGUAUGAGGGGUGCAGGUGGAAGCAGCUCUGAAGCACUUUCAGAGUGUUCAUUUGAGAGUGAUACUUUGUCACUUUCUGCAGCAUACAGCGCUGUAGGUGAAGGAGCACAGGGUGGAGAUGCAGGGAAUCGCUGCAGUCUCAUUGAGGUCUCUAUGUCCUCUCUUGGAGGGCAAGAGGGAGGGAGUGAUGAACCAACUGAUGAAGGGCAUGAGUUUUCCUCUGAUUCUAUGAGCGAUCACACUGAAUCUGCUGUGGAAUCAGCUGGGAGACCGGCUGCUGAACCUCUGGACCCCAUAGAGCAACUGGAUCUGGCCAUGGGAACCAGCAGUGUGCCCGAACAACAAAAUAAAUUAGAAGGGGAACAGACGAGACCGACAGAAACUUUGGAACCAAGUGGAGAACAGAGUGAGCAGGGGCCAAAAGGAGGACUUCAUUUCUUCUUCCAGGAGGAUAUGCAUAGUGAGGGGGAGAUGGCCCAGCGUAGAGCACUUCUGUUGGAGAAACAGCAGAAGAGAGCUGAGGAGCUGAGGAAGAGGAGACAGUGGAAUGAACAAGAGAGACCAUCAUCUGCGGACAGAAGAGUGGCAUCUCCCUGCAAUACACCCCCUGCAGGCACAACUUCACCUUCACCCACACCCCCUGCUACACCAGGACACCGCCGGGGCACUUUCACACGAGAUGAGUACGCAAGGAGACACCAACUCAGGAUCAUGGAGGACUUGGACAAAGUGCUUCACCAGAAAUCAACCAACCAAGGACGAUCUUCUGUGAAGAAAACCCGUUCAAGGCCACGCAGCAUGACCAGAGAGGAGACAAAGCUGUCACUUAGUCCUGCCAAAGGAACAUCUGGAUCUAAGAUGACAAAAGUCUACUCUCACUCCUCCCUCAACCUGGCGGCUACAGAUGAGCCAGGAACCAAAACAGCUGUCCCCACUAAGAAACCCCAAAGCCGUUCUGGCUCACCUUCAGGAUGUGUGACGCCAAGCAAACUGGCGAAUCAGAAUGGAGACAAAGACUGGGAGACUGGGUCCAAUGGAACCUCACCUGCCCCAGAAUACACAGGUCCAAAGCUCUUCAAAGAACCAAGCUUCAAGUCCAACAAAUUCAUCAUUCACAACGCUCUCUCCCGUUGCUGCCUGGCUGGAAAAGUCAACGAGACCCAAAAAACCAAGAUAGUUGAGGAGAUGGAGAAGAGUCCAGCCAACCACUUCCUCAUCCUCUUCCGCGAUGCAAACUGCCAGUUCAGGGGCGUUUACACCAUGAACUCUGACACCCAGGAGCUCGUAAGAUUGGCUGGCGUGGGCCCACGGACAAUUAGCUCCACCCACGUGGAGUCCAUCUACAAAUACAGCUCAGACAGGAAGCAGUUCUCUGCCAUUCCCUCCAAAACCAUGGGCAUGAGUGUGGACGCCUUCACCAUCCCCGGCCAUCUUUGGCAUGGAGGAGCAGGGGGUGGGGGAGGAGGAGGAGGGAGCAGGAGAGCAAGCAUUACCAAGAAGGCGGUUGUUUCCAAGUGAGGAGCAUGAAACAUGACAGUGACAGAUCAUUAGACUCUUCAUACUGUAAUUAAAGUGACAACUGUUGUUGGAUAUAAAGUACAGAAGGAGGGGGAGGAAGCAGCAAAGUAAGCAGAACUAAAACAAUGUUGAUUUUAUAAGUGAACAGAAACAUUGCAGAAACAGAUCAUUAAGGAAAACACUUAUUAUGGCGAAAACUGUAAAACUGUUACAUGCACACAGACAGGUCAUUAGCCAUGUGCGUAGACACAUACACCGUAUUGCUCUUGGAUUUUACUAGAAAUACAAAAUUUUAAAAAACAUUUGUAUUCCCCUUAAAGUGCAUGAAAACGUAAACAGCACAGCUUUCUUUUCCCAAGCGAAGAAAGACACGCUCGUAUCCAGAGUGUUUACAGAAGGUUUUAUAAAAUGGAAGGUUUAACUGCACAAAGAUUUACUUUUAAAAAGUCUCAUUGAUUAUACUUUCAUUGUCUGAAGUACAACCACACAAAUUUACUUUUUCUUUCAGAAGAAAAUGAUCUUUAUUAAGUUUGUAUUGACUUUAGGAAGACACACGAUUACUGUCUGUUCCCCCUUCUGGUUCUGUGGACUGAAGGCCACGUAAAACCCCAAUUUUUUACUUAAAGCCUGGCAGCAGAGAAAAUGUGGUCUCACGUCAGAGUAGGACUUUACUCUCAUACGAAGUUCAAGUUGAAUUCUGCAAACUGUCACUUGGUCGGUUGAAGCACACUUGUUUUUCAAAGUAAAAAACAGCCAUAACCAUAAGACGAAGAGAGUGGACCUGAACGUCAAAGAUCUGUAACUGUGUCAGUGGUUUUCAGAGAUGAUCACCACAGCAUGAAUGAUUAUUUCCUGUAAGUGGUAUAAGCUUAUGAAACAAAAUCAUAGUAAACAUGUCAGGUUUGAUGGAACCCUUGUUGAAAGUGGGCGUAUGUAUGAGCAUCAGAUGCCAAUGAAACAUCACUCAGCUAUUUGCAUAUAUAAGAUGACUUGUGACAUACUUUUGUCGUACACUUAGAUGAACAGGGAUUGUUGUGCUCUCGGUUGGGAAUGGGUUCAAUAGCCAGAUCCAGAUCCAAGUUUGUAAACCACAGGACCGAAUCCCUUAUUGAAUUUCACAAUCAAGUUCUAACUUACAGGGCCUUUUUUUAUAUUAACUUUUGACACUACUGAAAACUGGUGACCUGCACAAACGCAUGCUAACCCUACAAGACUGACUCACUGUAUGAAGAGCAAUGCCUUAACUUGAAAUGUUUCAAUGUCACUGAAAAAGCUGCUAAAGCUGUAUUUGCUGGAAGGGACUGGAAAGGAAUCACAAGUCCUUUGCUUGAAUAUUUACCUGCUAUGAGAACUUGUGCGAUUUUUGAUAAUUUAAGGACAAGUGCAACACCCACCAGCCUAAUGCCAAUGCCUGAUGCAGAGCAAAGUUUCUUCAGGUAACAGUGAUCUUUGGUAUCUUGUUUGUGAAAAAAUGUGCAAGUCAUUUAAUAUUUGCAAAAGGGUAGUGUAGAGUUGUUAUGGCCAUUUGUGCUGCUUUUACUAAUGCUUCUGGCUUCUGUAGCGGUUGCAGAACAUCAGUGACAAAUUUGUAGUGAAAGCCCCAGAACUCAGAACAGUGGGAUCUCAGUAGUUUACAUACGACAUGAAGCAAGACGAAAUUUACAUAUUUUCUUUUUUACUGGGAAUCUCCCGUCCAAGCUGCUAGACGAGAAAGAAUCUGAUUCAAUCAGUGGAUUCAGACCUGGUUUAAGGUUUUGUUAAAUGCUAUUGAACCACAUCUCUAACUGCAGUAGAGCUCACAAUUAUAUUGGUGUUUUUCAGACCAGCAUUCAUGUAUGAAAUAACAAACUGGAUUAAACUCCACUCAUCAAGA